AUGAUAACGGACUUCUUGUGGCCUCAACUAGACGGCAUGGAUCUGGACAACAUGUGGUUUCAGCAGGAUGGCGCAACCUGCCACACCGCGCAUGAAACAAUCGACUUAUUACAGCAACGAUUUCCAGAAAACAUUAUCUCACGAAACUCUGAUGUCAACUGGCCACCAAGAUCGUGUGAUUUAACGCCGUGCGAUUUUUUUCUUUGGGGUUUUGUGAAAUCUCGGGUUUAUGCGAAUAAACCCGAAACAAUUCCUGAGCUCAAAUCGGAAAUCCAACGCGUCAUCGGUGAGAUACAGCCACAUCUCUGUGCAAAAGUCAUGGAAAAUUUCAUGAAAAGAGUAAUGGCCUGUCAUCGGAGCCGUGGGGGUCAUUUGCCGGAUAUUUUAUUCCAUACUUAA